AUGGGAGAGGCAUACUAUCAAUAUCAAAAAUAAGCAUAAAUUUUUUAAUAACAUUAAAAAUAAGAGGAAGCACUUAUUGAAUACUAUGUAUAUCAGGAUGUAUAAAACUUGAUUAAUUUAUUAUAUUCAAGGAAAGCAGUACUUGAACAUUUUUAGAAUAUUCAAAAUAAUCCAAUAGUUACUUUGAGUAAUAACAAAAUUAUUUUAUAAUUAAAUUUAUCAAAUGGAAUACAUCGAGAUUUGCAAUAAUAAUAUUCAAAUAACUUUUAAUUAAAGACUAAAUUAAUAUCUGAAAAAAAAAUUGCAUUAUAUACACUCAAAAAAGUAGUUUAAUCUUUGGAGAAUUAAGUUACAAGUUAAAACGGAUAAUAAGAAUUCAUGUAUAUAAAUGAUCCAGUUAAAUAAUAUUUAAAUGAGUUUAUAAAAAAAUAUGAAUUUGAAUAAUUUGAUUCUAAUCAAAUAGAAUUAUUAGAAACUAAUUAAGUAGCAUAAUUUAAUGAAUAAGUUUUAUAAACAAUUAUUUCGUCAAUAUAAAGUAUUGAUGCCUAGACAAAUUAGAUAAGAUAGAAUGGCAGCAAUUAUAAACCAACACAAUAAGAAUUAAUAAAUAGAGCAGAGUAAUUAUUCAUUUUAUUUUAGACAAUAUUAUUAUAUGACAAAAGAUAAGUUGAAUUAAAUUUAUCCAUAAUAAAAUAAUUAAUAAUGUCUAAUUAACAAAUAAGAAACAUAUUUUCAAGGCUAGGAAGGUCAUUUAAUAAACCCAGAAAAGCAAUAAUUUAUAAACUCCUCAAAUUCAUAAUAAGAACAAUAUUUUAAUAUUGAAAAAAAGAUAUUAAUAGAGUUUUUGCAAUUCUUAGGAUAUUUUAAUCAAGCAAAAACCCAAUCUAAAUUAAUAAAUCCAUAAAAUUUGUAUUCCCAAGUGAAUCAUUACUUAAACAAUCCUAAAUAUCAAUAGUAAGAUGAAAUAAUAUUUGCAAAAAAAAUAUUCCAAUUUUAAGAUGUUUUAGAUCAUCAAAUAAUAUUACAUUACAAUUUUUAAUUGUUCUUUGAUUUUUUGUAAUAAACCAGAGGCUAUUAAAAUUUAUAGUUAUCUUAGUAAUUUUAAAGAUUUGUUCCCAAAAUUAUAGGAGAAAUAAAUAACACUUUUUUUGAAUAUUUAUAUAAUCAAAAGGAGCAAAUAGAAAAUUUUUUGAUUUAAAAUUCUUAGAUGCAUUAAGAAUAUGUUAAUAGUCAGAAUGCUGCUAUUUCAACUUAAAUAAAAAAAUUAGAAGAAGAUUUUAUAUGGUAAAUGUAUAAUGGCUUCUGUUAAUUAUAUUAGAUCUAAAAGAAUUGA